AUGGAUUCCAAUCUCUUUAAAGGUCCCUCUUUCCAGGACAAUAUGGCGGAUGAGGGGCCGGAACCGGAGAACGGGCUAUCAAGUGUUUCCAUAUCACAUCUAUUGAGUCGUGAAACACAGAAAGAUAAUUUGAGUAGAUAUUUUGGCUCGAUUUUGUUUAACAUUGGUGCCUUCGCCCUUCCGGCCUUGUAUAGCACGCUCAGUAAACUAUGGGUCGCGAAUAUCGAUUCGACACAAGUGGUGACGACAGAUAUCUAUACCUACAUCGGAGUGAUCGUGGAGGUUCUUAACGAAGGUCUUCCCCGCUCAGCAUGGCUCGUUAUCGGGGACAAAACCACGCGAAACAUGCGCUCUCGGUUGAACCUCGCCUACACAAUGUUGCUCGUACAGACUGCUCUGGGAAUCUUGAUGACAAUAACUUUCCUAGCCGCCUCCAAGACGUUAGCCUCGGGAUUUGUUCCAGUGGAAGUGCGCCAGGCCUCCAUCACCUAUGCCGUGACAUCUGCGAUCGAAGCCGCCCUGUCUGCCUCGACGAGGGCGCUCGAUAAUCCCGACGUCCCGUUGAUCAUCAGUUCGGCCAAAUUCCUGAUCAACAUCGUACUUGAUCUAUUGGUCAUCUCAAAAGUUCAUAUCGGAACAUGGAAGCCUACUAUUAUCAUGCAGGCCAUUAUACGGCUAACGUGUGAUACUGUAUCUGCCCUCGCGGGGUUGAUUUAUUUCCUAACUGUCGUGGUGAGACGUUGCCAAAAAGACUCGACCGAUUCAGGACGUUUGCGUUGGAGCCAGUCUGCUCUCUGGACACUGUUUAAACCUAGCGUGUAUACAUUCACCGAAUCAGCUAUCCGGAAUGCAAUCUAUCUGUGGCUAGUCCAUCAAAUCAUUCUGCUAGGAUCCGACUAUGCAACUUCGUGGGGAGUAUUUAACACCAUUCGCUGGGGACUAGUCAUGGUUCCUGUUCAGGCACUAGAAGCGUCGACGCUCACUUUUGUUGGCCAUAAUUGGGGUAUGUUCCGUGCUGAAAAAGGCACCGAAUACCCGCGGGCAUCUCGAAGAGAAAUCUUGACCUCAUCACUCACCCACAUUGCAGAGAUAAUCCGACCAGCCCUGCAAUCUUGCUUGAUUGUAUUGAUAUUCGAGACUAUCAUAUGUAUUGCGCUCUCACUGCGUGGAAUAGAGGCCUUCGCGCAUUAUCUAUCUGGCUCAAAUGUCGUGGCCAAAAUUACUCAAACCAUGUGGAAGUCUAUUGACUGGACGUACAUUUUUUACGGGCUGAAUUGUCAACUUGCAGCGAUCCUCCUUGCGACGUCCCCGCGAUGGUAUCUCUACCAAUCACUGGGGUCGAAUUUUUUGUGGAUGCUACCUUGGGCCAUCGUCGUCACAGUUUUGCUUUUGCCGACAGCUUUGGCCUGGACGUUCUAUGCCAUUAUCUUUGGUGGAGCUCUUGUGUUCGAUUUUGGUUGUGUUUGUUUGAUUCUCUCCCUGUGGGCGCACAGGCUCACAAGAGGAAAAUUAAGAGCUUAA